AUGCUGCUGAAGUACGACAUAAGUCGGCAGGUUCACACCAAUUCCUGCAGCUCAACGUGGAAAAUCCGUGGAUUCACUCGCAGCAUGCUACUUGAUCGUGAUCACGAUCGUCACUGUCACAUAAUUGGAUCAAUCAACAUUGGAUCGGUUGCCGGCAUAAGGUUGAUGUUGACGCUCGUACAGUUAUUGCGUCAUCUGGAGCUCAUUCGCUCGGAGAGACUGUUUGAGUACGAGAGUACUGAGCAAGUGGACAUCCCGUAUUGCCUACGAUGCAUACUCAGCUCGAACCCCACUCAUUCUCUCAGCUUGUUCGGUGUGCUGUAG